GCUUCUCAAUCUUUAGGAAUGUAUUAAUAACAUUUCCACUGUAAGGUCCUCUCUGAGACGGCUGGGGGGGAAAUAGCUGUAGCCUGCCAAAAAAAUAAGGUUUUAACAAUCUGCAGAUUUUCAAGAUCUGUGGGGCUGGAAUUACAAUCUUUUGGGAGGAAGGGAUCCUAACUCACCACAUACACAACAAGGUCUGCUUUAGGAUUUAGUCUCCGUUGUAAGGAGUGAACGGUAUCUUCCAAGCAGAGGAUUCCCAGACACUUGAUCGCCUUGCACGUGCAUAUACUAGGACCGGUUCGAUCCAUCGGAAUCUAGCAGAUCUCUCGCUUCCUGUGGAAUUAAAUAGUUCUUGUAAUAAAAAUGGAUCAGUAAUGGCUUCAACCUCUGGAGAUAUUUUCUGAAACUUCAUCAGGAUUGUCUCACAAUAGUACAACUUACCUUGGGCACAGCAAUCAUUUUCAUCUAUUUGUUAUUGGUUAAUGAAGUUUUUCCAUUGGCAUCAUGGCAUCCAGUUUGACGUGCACUGGGGUGAUCUGGACAAUUCUUUCAUUUCUGUGUGCUGCGGCGUCAUGUGUAGGGUUUUUCAUGCCCUACUGGCUGUUGGGUUCCCAGCAAAAUAAACCUGUAUCGUUUGGGACAUUCCGACGGUGCUCAUACCUUGUACGGGAUGAAAUGCGCCAGACAACUGUAAUGGUGGAUCAGUGUGGUCGCUAUGCUACUUUUGAGGCCAUUCCUAGCCCUGAGUGGCGGAUCUGUACAGUAGUCACAGGGCUUGGCUGUGGUCUUCUUCUCUUGGUGGCCUUGACUGCUAUCAUGGGUUGUUGUGUAUCUGAGCUUAUAUCCAGGACUGUUGGAAGAGUAGCUGGUGGAAUACAGUUCCUGGGAGGACUUCUCAUUGGGUCUGGUUGUGCUUUGUAUCCACUGGGCUGGGACAGUGAAGAAGUUAGACAAGCGUGUGGUGAUCUAUCUAAACAGUUUGAAUUGGGUACAUGCAGCAUUGGAUGGGCAUAUUAUUGCACGGGAGGGGGAGCUGCUGCGGCAAUGCUUAUCUGCACAUGGUUGUCAUGUUUUUCUGGCAAGAAACAAAAGCAAUACCCUUACUGAAAUUCACAGAACACAAAAGAGAGAUCCAUUUUUAAUGGAAGACCUACAAAAAAUGAACUAGAAUUCUCUUUCUGCAAGGGCUUUAGCACUUACAAGCAUGAAAGUUGACUUUGUAUAAGUUGAAGACGCCAUUUUGAAAGUCUAAGCUGUUUCUUUAUAGACAAAGCAAAUUCUAAUGGACAGAAUAUUUAAGUAUCUUCUGUCAAAUGUCGCUUGUCUGCUCCAGGAGAUAUAAAAUGUGUUGAAGAGGAUAGAUAAUGUGGGUUAUGUUGGAAGGGAGUGCAUAUUUUCACUUUUUACUCUUUAGUAAAAGCACACCACACACGUAGCACAAAGGCCUGACUUUUAAUUCAGCCUUUGUUUAAUUUACAGUAUUAUUUUUCCAAGUAAUCAUGUAACAUAUUAGUUGGACCAAUAUGCACCUGUAAUACUAUUUUCUGUUUUUAUAUGUUUAUAUAUGUAUAUGCUUCUGUAAAAACAUAUACUUGACUAUAAGAUUUCUUUUAAUGAAUUCAUGUAUUUUUAGCUUUGGAAUUCAUAACAAUUUGUAAAAAGUUUCUACUCACAUAAAAUGCAAUAACCUGGAAGAUUAUCCUUCAAUAAAAUUGCUAUAGAAAUAUUUCAUUUAUUCAUAUAAAACACUUAUAUUCAACAUAGGUUUUGUGGUUUAGUUUACUUGUUGCAUUCAUUACAAUGUCUGUUUUUUUUGUAAACCAUAAAACUGUAAUAUCCUAUGUUUGUAUUUUGAAAAUAAAAAUUUGAAAAAAUC